ACGUUGAUUCUGAAACGAAUGCCAAAGAACAACAAAUUGAAAACCAAAUUGAAGAAAUUAUGGACGAUGAAGAGGAUGAUUUCAGAGAGUUUUAUUCAAGGGAUGAUGAUUUAAGAGAGGACGAUUUAAGGGAAGACGAUUUAAUGUAUGCCGAUUUAAGGAAGGACGAUUUAAUAGAGAACGAUUUAGGAGAAGAUAAUAAUUAUGCAGAGGCACCAGACAAUGAAAAUGAUUUUGAAAGGCAUAAUUUUCCUCAAGAAACUUUUACAAUGCUAUAUAAUUCAUCUGAUGAGUUCGAAGCUGCUAAGUGGGUAGUAAACCAUCCCGAAGUUUUAAAGUUAGCCAUCA